AUGGCGCAGCAAGUGUUUUUAGAUCGAGAAAAACUGAGCUGUUCAAUCUGUCUGGAUCUACUGAAGGAUCCGGUGACUAUUCCCUGUGGACACAGCUACUGCAUGAGCUGUAUUAAAGACUGCUGGGAUGAGGAGAAUGAGAAGAAGAAAGCACACAGCUGCCCUCAGUGCAGGCAGAGCUUCACACUGAGGCCUGACCUGGAGAAGCUGCAGCAGGAGAUCACUGAGCUGCAGAGGAAAGACACUGAGCUGGAGAAGCUCUCACGCACAGAGGAUCACCUGCAUUUCCUAAACAACUACCCCUCACUGUCACGUCUGAGUGAGUCUGAAGACUUACCCAGCAUUGAUAUCUGUCCUCUGUGCUCUUUUAAGGAUGUGACAGCAGCGGUGUCAAAGGCCAGAGAUAAACUGCAGGCUGUUCUGAGUGAGGAGUGGACAAAGAUCUCACUGGCAGUGCCUCAAGCAGAGCCCAGAACUAGAGCGGAAUUUCUGAAAAAUUCUUGUCAAGUCACUCUGGAUCCAGAUACAGCACACAGGCUUUUGUCACUGAGUGACAGUAACAGAAAAGUAAAAUUAAUGGCAGUAGACCAGUUGUAUUUGGAUCACCCAGACAGAUUUGUUGAGUGGUGGCAGGUCCUGAGUAGAGAGGGUCUGACUGGACGUUGUUACUGGGAGGUGAAGUGGAGCGGGAGAGUUUAUAUAGCAGUUGCAUACAAGAAUAUUAGCAGAACAGGGACCAAAGAUGAAUGUGGAUUUGGAAAUAAUAUAAAAUCUUGGUCAUUAGAAUGUAACAGUAAAAGUUAUACAUUCAGACAUAACAACAUUGUUACUUCCAUCUCAGGCCCACAGUCCUCCACAAUAGGAGUGUAUCUGGAUCACAGGGCAGGUACUCUGUCUUACUACAGCGUCUCUGAAACCAUGACUCUCCUCCACAGAGUCCAGACCACGUUCACUCAGCCUCUCUAUGCUGGAUUUUGGCUUCCACUAAGCUCUGGAGGCACAGCUGAGUUGUGUGAGCUCAAGUAGACAGGAGUUUAAAGAGUGAUUUAUCUCUGUAUAGUAAAUGUUGAGGUGUGUUUGCACUGCACAGAUCAAACAGAAUGGGACUGUGAUGUGUUUUGUUUUUUUUUCUUCGUUGGGGGUGGUGUAGUGGAGGGGGAGUAUGUGGUUUUGUUUGUGUCAAUUCAAUGAAAUGGUGAAAUGAAGAAAUAUUUUUUUCUACACAGGGAUUAAAACAAUUUUUUUGUUCAAUUUUUUUCUUAUUGGAUUAGUAUAUUAAAUUUACUAAACGUUGACAUGAUUAUGGAAAACAUUACAUAUAUGCAAAAUGUCUGCUGAAAACUAUGUAUUUUGUUCUACUUAAACUUGAAUAUAGUUAUGACAUAAAGUGGCUUAAUUAUGUACAAAAAAAAACUACAAAAUUAAUUAAAGAGUCAUUUAUAUAAAAAUGAAUGAAUGGUUUUGGAUUUUUGAGCAAAUAAAUGUAAUAUACAGUUUUAAAAUUACGUAUUUUUUGUCAUACCAUAUCUCUAUGAACAUAACUUGUAUAAUUUAAUGUUGGCUUAUUGUUACUUUACAUACUGUAUAUAGUAGUAGUGGUAGUAGUUCUAGUUGUAGUUGUAGUUGUAGGAGAAGUAGUAACAGUAUAUUAUAUUGGCAACACUGAUUCCCAGAGCAGGAAUGUGUUGAAAUGUCAUUCUUAAUAUAUAGACUGUGUAUGUUGUAUUUACUAAAUAUUUUCAACUGAUAUACAAAAUAUCUGAUGAUACCCUUUUUUGUGUUUGUUUUUUUUCUACCUUGAUUUGGAUUUUUGAGCAUCUGCCAAAUUACUGUCAUAUAAAGUUUAAAAACACAUUAUUUUAGUCACACCAUAUGUUCAUUUUCAUAAUUUGUAUAAUUCAAUGUUUAUUUCUUUUACUCUACAUAUUUACUGAUGUCUAUACUGCAUACUGUGCUGCCGUUGUACUGAUAAUGAAAAAUCUCUUUUUACUAAAAAGUACCAAUCCAGAAAAAUGGUAUAAUUUUAAAACCGACCUUCUGGGAACAAAUCUUGUUAACAUCUUUUAAAGAGUGAAUUUAAGUGUCUUUACAUGAUUACGAUUUUUAGAGAAUAUGUAUGGAAAAUCAGUGGUCAAAAUCAUAUUUAUAAAUAGUUAUCUUGUCAAUAUUUUAACAGAUGACCCCUAUUCUUUAAAAAAAAAAAAAUGCAUUUACAGAAUAUAUCUUUCUGUCACUGUUUGAGUAUCACAGAAAUCUGUUGUUUUCCUUCUAGAGUUAAUUCCAAUCAAUCUUUUUCCAAGAUAAUCAAGUAAAAAAAAAAAACACAGCAAGGUUAAUGAAAAACAUUUAACCUUCACUUUCUACCGAUAGACCAUGUGUUGAUUUAAUGCUGCUUAUGGUGAGAAUUAAAAAAGAAAAAUCACUCAUUCACAUACUUGCGAGAUGAGGAUUUAACUCUCUUUUUAAAAAUGUAUUCUGAUGGCAUAUUUACUCAACAUUUACAUGAUAUACUGCACAUUGAAGAUUUAUUGCAUAUAUGCAAAUUUUCUGCUGAAGAAUGUGUUUUUGUUCAACUUAAAGUUGCAUUUGGUGAUUUUAUAAAUGGGUGUAAUAUGUGAGAAUAAAAAA